CGCUCGUACAAUCGACCUGUUUGUGAGGCCAGUCGCGGGAGAUCCGGCGCGGGGCGCGGAGCCGCAAGAGUCGCCAGGCCCUCAGCGCACACGGGCCCCCCACGGGAGCGCGCCCCGCGAUGGGCCGCUCCGCCGCGCAGCUCGCGGCGCUCCUGGUCGGCGCACGAGCCGUGGCGGCCGUGCCAGAUGUGCCGGCCGCCACCUCGACCCAGGCGCAGGCGGUUGGCGAAGGUUGGCAGCUGAGCGAGGUCAACGACACGAGCAGCCGCCCUGUUUCGACCACGGCGCCGGCCGCAACCACGGGGGCGCCUGCUCUGCCCAGCACCACCGCGACCCCGUUCCCCGUGUUCUCGCUGCUAGGGGGGGUCUUCUACCUCAACCUGCCGAUUGAUAACUGGUCGAUGCUCGGCACCCUGAAGACCGAGUGGAGGGCUCUUCGUAUCCAGGGCGUCCCUCAGAUUGGCCACUCCGCUGUGACCGUCGACCUCCACGACUGGACGUUCGCCACCAGCAACGGCCAGAUCAACAUCAAGAGAAAUCUCACGAUGGUCGAGUGGGGCGUCGCCGAGGACUGCAGCUACACGGGCAGUAACAUGAGCGUAAAUUUGGUGGGCACGCCCUUCGCGUUCCAGCCCACGUACCCAGUGGCCGUGGGAGCGGAGGCGUUCGGCAGCGUGUCGUGCGGCGCGGGCAGCCAGCUCUGCGUUGGCACCUGCGGCGGCUGGUGUGGCCACUGCGGGCUGGGCAGCGCGGGGGGCACCCAGAGCGCCGUGCUGCAGGUCGUCAACCAGCCGCAGUUCGACGAGGCCCUGCAGUCCCUCUACAGCCUGCUCUUCGGCGCCGUCCAGACCACCACCGUCACGACCACGACGCGGACGGCGACGACCACGACCAGGACCACGACGAGCACGCGGACCACGACGCGGACGACGACGCGGACGGCGACAACCACCACCACCACACAGACUGCCCUGAGCAUCCCGUCGAAGGAGCGCGCCGCAGUCGAGGGCGACCUCGGCGGCUUGAAGGCCAUGCUGGUCCUGGCCGUCGCAACGGCCGCGGGCGUCGGCCUCUGCGUCGCCCACCGCAGGGGCAUGCUGCCUGGCUGGCUGGACAAGCUGCGGGCAUACAGCAGCUUCCGGGAGGACGCCGACGCCAGCACCGCGAGCCCUGGCGGCGGCGGCCCGCCCCCACGGAACAUUGGCACGCCCUGCGCGCCCAAGCCACCUCCGCUCCCGUCCUGGGCGAGGAAGCUGUCGGGCGGACCGAGGGAGCCCCAAGACCCCGGGGUGUGAGAGCUGGGCGGAGUGCAGAUGGCAGAUCACCUGGACACCACCGCCAGGCCAGCUCAGGCGCGUUGUCGGGCCAGGCCUCAGCCUGCACUGACGUUCGGAGGCCCCCGCUGGCCCUGGCCUGCGUGGUCGCAGAUCCUCCUGCCACCGACCUUGGUGCACAUGGCCCCACAGCCCAGCGGGGAGCCGAUACAUCCAAUGCUUUCGGCGUAAUACACGCCAAGGUCUGACCCAGAAGCUCCCGAGCGGGCACGACGGUGGCGCGCGCACGCCUUCCGUGGCUGGCCCAGCCACGGACGUUUUCCCUCCGGCGCCCUGCCGAGUGAGGGGCGCGCCGGCGGCGGCGCGGCCCUGCGGCGGCCCCGCCCCGCCCAGAGCUCCGCAGCUAGGAUUCACAAGCGGAACGGCUGCUCGCCCCGCCUCCCUCGCGUGCGGCACCCCAUCGCCUGUGCCGAGCGCGCCGCGUGCCCCGUCGGAGCGGAGAGCCUGCCGACCCGCGCACCACUCCACUCUGCGGCACCUGCCGACUCUGGUUCGCUUGCUCGUGUGCCCCCCUUGUCGGUGCACCCUGUUUUGCUCGCCUUCACGCGCCGACCACGGCCCUGUGCCUCCCGACCCCUGCCUCACGUGCAGGGGCAUCCUUGGAAAGCCUGCCGCGGUCAUGGAGAUGUGUUCGUAGCUGGACCGAUCUGUUGCCGCUGGACCUCUGUCAGCGGGUGGGUUCUGCCACCCUAGCACUGCGCUGCAGAUGGAAUGAAGAGACUGUGUUGUGCGAUUUUGCCGUUUCACUCGGUGCGGCGUCGGCUCGGCCGCCGCUGAGGAGUUCAGUUUCCUGCCUUGCCCUCCUCGGCAACGGAGGCCGGCCACCCCCCGACUCUGCAGCUGCGCGGGAUUAUGUUCCAGGGCUUCGCCCUCAGAACUGGUGGUAGAAAUCAGCACUAGACCAGACUGGCGCCACCCUCGCUUGCGAAAGGAUGCUUCCGCGAGACGUGUUGAGGCGUGGCCGCAGGAGAAC